AAGUAAUUGAAUCCAACAAACACAAAAAGAACAGGUCUUUGUAAAAGCACUCACAAAAAUAGUAAGCCAAAAUUUGAAGAUGAGUUCAACAAGCAGAGCAUGGGUUACAGCAGUGAGUUUAGGAGUAGUAGAGGCACUAAAAGAUCAAGGAGUUUGUAGGUGGAAUUACACAAUCAGAGCCAUUAAUCAGCACGCAAAGAACAAUCUACGCUCAUAUUCACACGCCAAAAAAUUCUCUUCUUUGGUUUCUACAAAAAGUGAAAUGAAGGAGAAAGCUAAGCAGUCUGAAGAGUCUCUUAGGAAAGUUAUGUACUUGACCUGUUGGGGUCCAUAUUGAAUUCCAACUGUUAAAUUUUUUGAUAUUCUUAUGUACAUAUAUAUAUAUAUAUAUUCCUUGAGAAUUUAGGAGAAUGUUGAAGAAGUAGUUUUAUAGCUUGAGGCUUAAUUUGCCUUGUCAAUAUUAAUAGGAAAACUUUUUUUUCCUAGUCCA